AUGGAUGGAUGGAUGGAGGGAAAUCAGGAAAGCGACGAGGCGGCGUCUGGUGCGAUGCGGGCAUCCGGCCAUUGCCUCGUCGGCGAGCUUCCACGACGUGCCUCGGACGCCCCGUACCUGCUUGGAGCGACGGCCGGGCGGGAUGCGGUGCUGCGACUCCGCCCUGGCGAACGGGGCUCGUGUCGAGGACGAAAUCGGGCGCGACGAUUGCCUUGGGCCUGGGGUUGCAACACCUCCGAAUCACGACGAGGCCGUCGGGGCGAUGACGAGACUGCAGUAAGUCGAGCCGGUCAGUGCGGUACUGUCGACCUCCCCGCCCUUGGCCGUUUGUCGCCGUCCGAGAUCUGCAAUCGUCACCACGUCGCACGGGCUGGCAUUUUGCACGCCGGGCGGGCGUCACAUGAAGCCAGCCCAUGGUCGACAUCAUCUUUUUCGGCCAGGUGGUGGUCACAACGCGCCGAGCUCUGUGUCGUGUCCAAACCUGGCCGGAUAUGCGUCGAACGGGUCUGUGUGCGCCCGACCCCGACGUAUGUGAACGACGCCGCUUCUCUGUUCAAAGGAUCAACGAGUCUAAGCGACGACGAAGCAAACGACGACGACGAUGCGAUGGCCUCAUGA